UGAUUGGUUCUCGAGAAUAAUACGUUAGAAAAGAAAAUCAUAUGAGCGACAAAAGAAAAACUCUGAAGGUGCUGGAAGAUUGAAGAGAGCAAGUACGUUAAGUCCUGAACCACUGAAAUCUGUCUUUCAUACAAAAUCUACCACGUUAUUCUAGAAUAAAAUUAUAAAAAUGCCGACUGAAGAAAAUGUUGAAGGCCAAACACGAUUGCAUUCAUACAAAAAUAGAGGGAAAAGCUGUGAUGAAAUGCGGAGGAGGAGAAAUGAAGUGAGUGUUGAGCUGAGGAAAGCACGCAAAGAUGACCAGCUGCUUAAAAGGAGGAACAUUGAUAUCGAUGAAAUUACAACCUCUCCUCUUCAAGAGAAUCAAAGCAAUAAUACUCCAACUGUCAUGAGCAUGGAAAUGAUCAUGGAUGGGAUGCAGAGCAGCCAGGAGGAUAUGCAGCUGAAGGCCACUGCUGCAGCUCGCAAAACUCUCAGCCGAGAACGCAACCCUCCCAUUGAUGAAAUGAUCAAGAUGGGUCUUGUGCCUCGCUGUAUAGAUUUCCUCUCCAACUUCCACAACCCUGACCUGCAGUUUGAGGCAGCUUGGGCACUGACCAAUGUGGCAUCUGGCACCUCGGAACAGACCAAUGCCGUAAUUAAAGGUGGAGGAGUGCCCAAGUUUGUAGCAUUACUGGCAUCACCGUACUCUCAUGUAGCUGAGCAGGCUGUCUGGGGUCUGGGCAACAUUGCAGGUGAUGGCCCGGCUGCAAGAGAUCUUGUACUGAGCUACAAUGCAGUCAAUUCACUGCUGUCUCUCAUCAACCCCAACACACCACUUCCUUUCCUCCGCAACAUUGUCUGGGCCCUGUCUAACCUCUGUAGGAACAAAAACCCUCCUCCAAGCUUCGAGAGCGUCAAGCCUUGCUUAGCUGCUUUUAGCAAACUAUUGCACUAUACUGACAAUGACGUUUUAGCGGACACUUGCUGGGCCCUGUCAUACUUGACGGAUGGUAGCAAUGACAAGAUCCAAGCGGUGGUGGAUACUGGUGUAGUGCCUAAACUGGUCGAGUUGCUGGCUAACUCCGAAGUCAAGGUGCUUACACCUGCACUCCGUGCCGUUGGCAACAUUGUCACUGGCAAUGAUCUCCAGACAGAUUCGAUCAUUCAGGGAGGGGGUCUUGGCCAGCUGGCUCUUCUUCUGCAACACCCACGGCCUAACAUUGUCAAGGAGGCAGCCUGGACAGUGAGUAAUAUCACUGCUGGCAACGUGGACCAGAUACAGGAGGUGAUCAACAACGGUCUCCUACCACCUCUCAUUCGUGUAUUGCAGACUGGAGACUACAAGUCACAGAAGGAGGCAGCAUGGGCUGUGACCAACUACACUUCCGGGGGUUCAGUGGAACAGAUUGCUACACUUGUACAGUUGGGGGUGCUUCCUCAUAUCUGUAAUUUGUUGGAUAGUAAGGACUGGAAAACCGUCAAUGUUGCUUUGGAUGGAAUUUCCAACAUUCUAGCGGCCGCAGAAAAGAUGGGCGAGGUGACUGGAGUGGCCACAUACAUAGAAGAAUGUGGUGGCUUAGAUAAGCUGGAAUUGUUACAAACUCAUGAGAAUGAACAAAUCUACCAGAAAGUUGUGCAAAUCAUCGAUACAUACUUCUCAGGUGACGAAGAUGAUCCCAAUGUUGCCCCUACCACUACAAGUGAAGGAGCGAUUGAGUUCAAUGCCCGACAAAAUGUGCCUCAAGGUGGAUUCUCAUUCUAAUACAUAAUUAAGACUGAAAUUCCCAACAUUCCCUAUUUAUUGUAUACACAAGACCGUUUUAUAAGAUGCCAUAAUGUUUCUCCUUGAAUAACUGGUGUUUAACACACUUACAAACCUUACAAUCAUUGUUUUUUAAUGUAUUAUCAUAAUUGUUAUUUUUGAUAUUGUCUUUAAGAUCCUUUUAUGUUUGAUAAUUAACUGAUUGCCUGCAGAGAAAGAUCUGUGAUUAUCCUCAUUUCUAAAGAGGGCUGCCUUCCAUUUUCUAUCUACUGUGUAUAUUCUGUAGGAUUAUGAGCUUAUUUCAUUUUCCUUGCAGGUAAUCAUAACAAUAAACUUUUUAUAUGUGUA